CAGCAAUCAACCAUACAUGUAUGUAUGUACUUUACACUUUUGGUCGGAGGCCAAGCAUCGACCUUACCCUUUUGCUUCCUUUGGCAAGAGACUUGAGUUCGCCAGUCCGGUGCUGCGCAGCCGCCCGUGACCAAAAGGUGUGCCUUACACUUUUGCUCGUUCAGUGCCAUAUCAUGGGUCCCCGGCUGCACACCUGUUUUUCCCCCAUUGGCUCUUUCCAUCGACGCUGCAUCGUACACUUUUGUUUGAGGCUGUACGCAGUACGUGAGAAAUCCCUCCAUAGACCGCACGGCCCAGUUCUUGCCCAAAAUGCCCACCAUAUAUAUUCUGGCCGUUUCCUUCUAGAUAGGUUGAAGCUCGUCCAUGGUUCUGUCGUUGACCUGAACAAUUCCAAUGAGUCGGCUUACGCUGUGGGGUUCCGGUCCACUGCCCCCAUUAGCUGAGCGAUGGGAGACACUCAAACCUAUUAUCACGGACUUGUACUUGAACAAGCACCGCAAGCUCUCUGAAAUAGCUACUGAGUUGAAGGAAAGAUAUGGAUUCAACGCCAGUCACGAUCAAUACAAACACCGAGUACAUAGGUUAUGGAGACUGAAGAAAUCGCUUCGAAGUUCCGAGAAAGAUGCAAUAUGCAACACGCUUCGCCGAACCGGGGGCAAAGUGACAACCGUUAAAUACCAAGGGAAGAACGUGAAUAAGAAGCUGCAGCGGUAUGCGAAGGAUUGCCUGCGUAAAAGGCUUAUCCGCGCCUUGGACGGGAGCAGAGACUCCACCCUUCCGUGUGUUCGAAGAGAUGUAUUUCGAUUUUCCUGCAACACGCCUUUUAUGAUGAUGCGAAUGGCAACGCUUGAAAUGGAGCUUUCGUCCACGUCCACGAUGCCGUCGGUGAUAUCUAUUCAAGGAAAUGUGAAAAAGGGCUCCGCGCCGCUUACGAUCACUUUGGACUCAGACCCGUCGUCCUCAUUGCUCUGGAAAGAUCUCAGGACCGAAAGCUCUAUCGAUAGAUCUCGCAUGCUGCUUCGUGGGAAAUUUGAGGAACUAAAAAAGUCGCUUAAUACCGAUGAAUUAAGGGCAAUUACCACCUGGUUUCAUCAAUUCUGGCUCUUUUCAUACAAAACAGCAAAGUAUUGGGGACGUGGUCCACGGCUAUGGACACCAGAUCUUUUGUUGUUUGAACCUGUUCAACAACCAGAGCUCGAACUUUCACCAAAAUCACUGCACACAAACAUCAACGCCAUGCUACCAUGCGCCAAUAAUGUCAAAAGCACACUUGCAUACGAUACCACUCGAACCUUAAACAAAGGCUGCAGUUUGAUAAUGCACCUGGACCCGGAGAGCUUCGGGAAAAUAGCUCUGGGAUCAUCUUCCCCAAGUCGACAAGAAUCUUCAAUAAAAGAACCUGUGAAAGAAGACGCAGAUAUUUUUCAAGAGGAGACAUUGUUGCUAGACUCUAUGCCUGUUUCUCAGGGACUUGAUGAUCUUGUGAUCCAGCAAAAGGAAUUUCAUUCCAACUCAGACCCUCAAAUUCAUGCAAAUCCAUUGGCGGAAAGCUGGACGCCCUGGCCUGAAUCAUGGAUAGAAGCCUCAUUCAAGGAUACCCUGCAGACCGCACUUGAAACCAACGGAUUCAGCACAGUACCACUGCAAGAACUGCCGUUUUCUGUUCCAGAGGUCCUUGGCAGUACCGAUCACUCCCUAUUCGCAGACUCCUUGAGUUUUGCCAUUAUGGCUGGCAAUGACAGACUGGUAUACAAUCUACUGGAAUCCAGCGAAAUGCAGCAAGCAGAUAUUUUGGGUCUCUUCCCCUUCCAUCUUGCAGCGACCUACCUGGAUGGCACAAAGGUGUGCUGCCAAAUAUUUCACACGCUCGUUUGUGUUAUGGGCCCGCAGUACCUGAAUCAGUUGUACGUGAACAACCUGGGCCAUACAGUCCUUGAUUGCCUCAUGAUUUCAGUACUGAAGUCCCAUACGAUGUCUUAUCCCAGGGAUGUCGACACCACGUGGGCCCAGGAAGAGUUUUUCCCCGGGGCGGAGGUGGAUCUUUGUGGUCGAUGGGAUGCUGAUAGCGAGAUUGUACGAGAGCUGCUCAAGGAUAAACAAGGAGGUGUGCCUUACCAUUUGAAACAUCACUUUUGCCAUACAUCAGUUCAGACGAUCUGCCACUGCAUUAGGGGACUGUUUGCGUUAAAAUGGUCUCCUGAUAUCAACCACUCCAGUGGAUUGUUUCUCAGACGAUGUGCUGCUUGUGGGCUCAGCAUGCGCAUGCGGCCCUUACACACGUUGGUCCUGACGGCGGCUCUUCUUAUUUUCCAUGGCUGUCAAGGAGAAGACUUGUUUGGAAUUGUUGCUUGCGCUCUCUGCCUGCUUUCACAUGGAGCAGACCCUUGUCUGAAGUCUGCUAUCUCAAUUGCUGCCCUGCUUGGCCAAAGCCCGCCCACAGUUUGUAGCCAUGAAGAUCUUACUCCAGCUACACUGGCGCAUCGACUCACGCCGGAACUUGAACGAAAAUGGACCAAAGCAUCAAAGGUCGGUUGGGAGAUACUCUGCCUGAUUCUCGAGAACAACCUGAGUGGGACUGAAGACGGCUUAAGUCAGUUGGGCCCCAUGAGUCAUGGAUUGGGAAUAGAUUGUGCUACUGAUGGCAGACAUAAGCACCCUUUUGAUAUGAAUCAAAAUAUCGCCACGCUCUGGGCAAUUAUUCAAGUUGAAUUUCUUACCUACCGCUGUCGCCACGAGGGUGAUGCUUGCCACUCAGAAGACUUUGAUAUGCACGCUCUUUUGAAGUCCUUAAAGGUCGGAGGAACGAUUUCAAGUGGACACCUGAAGAAAAGACUACUGAAGCCUUUCUGCUGGUGUGGAAGAUUCAGUCAGGAUUCAUGGCGAAAUGAAAAAGUUGAAGAUGCUCUGGCCGGCUCCGCAGGAGGGAACAAAGAUGAUCUGAAAGAGGUAUAUUACAUUAGUGACGAGCUCGACUUCUACUUUGUUUAA